GCGGUCCUCCGGGGCCAAUAGGUGGGCCCCCGGGGCCCAUAGGUGGGCCCCCGGGGCCUAUAGGUGGGCCCCAGGGGCCCAUAGGUGGGCCCCCGGGGCCCAUAGGUGAGCCCCCGGGGCCCAUAGGUGGGCCCCCGGGGCCCAUAGGUGAGCCCCCGGGGCCCAUAGGUGAGCCCCCGGGGCGCAUAGGUGGGCCCCCGGGACCCAUAGGUGGGCCCCCGGGGCCCAUAGGUGUGCCCCCGGGGCCCAUAGCUGCGCCUCCGGGGCCCCCGGUGCCCCUACCUGGGCCCCCGGUGGCCCCUGGGCUUGCCCAAUUCAGGGGUGGGAGCACCGCGGAGUGGCCAGCAUGCGACCCGCAGAGCUUGACGGGCCUGUUGCGACGCGUGUGGGAGAGAGUGACUGUGCUGCUGGGCCGGCUGGACGCGGCGGGAUGUAUGGCGGUGCUGGAGUACGUGUGUCGCUUCGUGCUGCAGGAAACUGCUGCUCUGGGGAGUCUGCUGCAGGGCCACUACGAGCAGCAGCGCUCGGCCUUCCUUCUGGUAGCUUUUGACCAGCUGGCGAGCGCCGCCGUGCGGCGGCCAGACCUGCAGCAGCAGCACUUCAGCAGCAGAGAAACAGUUCGAAGUUUGGCCCGGCUUAUGAGGGCAACUGGGAAAUUCCCUCCGGCCCCCUGGCUCCCUACUUCGCUGCGGAGCCCUCUGGAGCUGCAGCUGCUGCAGGCUUCGGAAGUUGCUGCCACCUACUUCGCCAGCGUGGUGGACGGCAUCUCCGAAAGAGUGGAUACGAUCCCCAACAGGGGCCCCCGCGAGCCGCUGCUGCCGUACGAAAAGCGGGCGAUGCAUCAGGUGGUGGAGACGCGGCGAAAGCAGCAGCUGGGCCACCGCCUCGACAGUCUUUGGCUCAAAACUGUUGAAAGUAGGCUUUCUCCGGGUAUUUUCUUCGGUCCUUCGGAGACCCCAGACCACAACAAUCCCUAUUUCACAGAAUUAGAACAACUCCAAAGUGCCCUCGAAACUGCAACCAGCGACUGGAGACAAAUGAAGAGCCAAGACGGGGCCUCCGGCGCACCCGCUGGGGACCCCCAAGAGGAUAGCCCGGGAAAGGACCCUCAAAAAAGACCUGGAGAAAAGUCAGAGGGAGACAGAGAUGGAGACGGAGUUGGAGAUGAAGAUGCAAAAGCGGAAAAAAGUGAAGCUGAAGACAAAGGAGAGAGGGAAGGAGAGAGCGAGGAAGCUGGGGAUAAAGAUAGAGAAGAAGGUGCAGGAAGGGAAGGAGAAGCAGAAACAGAAGUAGAGCGGGAAAGAGAGAAGGAAAGAGAAGAAGGAGAGAAGCAGAGAGAGAAGGAAAGAGAAGGAGGAGAAGACGAACGAGAAAGAGGAGGGGAACGCGAAAAGGAAAAGGAGAAGGAACGAGAAAGCGAAAAAGAAAGAGAGAAGGAAAAAGAGAGAGAGAAGGAGAAAGAGAGAGAGAAGGAGAAAGAGAGAGAGAAGGAACAAGAAAGAGAUAAGGAAAAAGAAAGAGAAGCGGAAACAGAAAGAGAGAAGGAAAAAGAAAGAGAAGCGGAAACAGAAAGAGAGAAGGAAAAGGAAAGAGGGAAGGAAAAAGAAGGAGAAAAAGAAAAAGAAGGAGAAAAGGAAGAAGAAGAAGGGAGGGAAAGAGAGAAGGAAGAAGAACGGGAGAAGGAAAAAGAAAGAGAAAGCGAAGAAGAACGAGAGAAGGGAAAAGAAAGAGAAAGCGAAAAAGAACGAGAAGAGGGAAAUGAAGGAGAAGGCGAAGGAGAACGAGAGGAGGAAAAAGAAAGAGAAAGCGACAGAGAGCGAGAGGAGGAAAAAGAAAGAGAAAGCGAAAAAGAAAAAGACAAGGAAGGGGAGAAGGAAAGGGGGAGGCAAAGCGUAAGGGAGAAGCAGAGAGAGAGAGAGAAGGAAAGACGAAAAGAAAGAGAGAGGGCAAGAGAAGGAGAAAAAGAAAGAGAAAAAGAAAGAGAAAAAGAAAGAGCAAGAGAAAAAGAAAGAGCCAGAGAAAGAGAGAAGGAAAAAACAAGAGAAAGGGAAAAAGAAACAGAAAAGGAAAAAGCAAAGGAAAAAGCAACAGAAAGAGAAGAAGAAAAGGAAGAAGAAACAGAAAAAGAAAGAGAAAAAGAAAGAGCACGAGAAACAGAAAGACAGGAAAAAGAAAAAGAAAAAGCAACAGAAAGAGAAAAACAGGAAAAGGAAAAAGAAAAAACAGGAGAAAGAGAAAAACAGGAAAAAGAAAAAGAAAAAACAAGAGAAAGAGAAAAGCAGGAAAAAGAAGGAGAAAAAGAGAGAGAAAGAGAAAGACAGGAAAAAGAAAGAAAAAGAGAAAGAGAAAGACAGGAAAAAGAAAGAAAAAGAGAAAAAGAAAGACAGGAAAAAGCAAGAGAAACAGAAAAGCAGGAAAAAGAAAAAGCAAGAGAAAGACAGGGAAAAGAAAAAGAAAGAGCAGGAGAAAGAGAAAGUGAAGGAGGUAGGAGUAGGAAUAGAGUAGGAGAUAAAGACACACACAGAAGAAAACAGAGAGAAAAAGGAAAAGAAAGAGACAGAGACAGAGACAGAGACAGCGAAAGAAGUAGAAAGAGAGGCAGAGACAGUUACGGAGAUACUGACACUGAGAAGGACAGAGGCAGAAACAAAGACAGAGACAGAGGUGAAAAUAAAGGCGUAGAUAAAGACACAGACAGAAAGGCAGAUAUAGACAGAGACAGAGACGGAGAUAAUGAAAAGAGCAAGGUCUCAGAGGGCGGAGGAGACGGGGACUCUGAAAAAAAGACAAGUCGGGAGACCGAGCCGAAGGCCAUGGUGGGGGCCCUUUUGGGGGCCCCUCUGAUCAAGCUAGGGGCCCCAAAAAAGGAGGCGAGGGCCCCCCCGCGAGAUCGAAAAGCCAAAAGCAUGAGGGAAGCGUGGCGAAAGGCGCAGUGGCGCGCGUGGCUGCGGUCGCAAGGAGAGGUUGAGUCCGACGAGGAGUCCGUUUCGGAGACAGUCACAGAGGCAGUUUGGCAAGUCGUUUCGGGGACAAUUUCGGGUGCAGAUUGGCGCAGGAGGAGCUUAGGGGAGAACUUCGAGAGGGGGCAGCAAGGGGACUACGGGCGGUGGCGAGGAGACAGAGAAGUGGGCCUUCCGCUCUCAACAAUACCCCCCCGCUUUAGGCGAAUGCUCCAGGGCAUCCCCGGAGCUCCCCAGUGCACUAUUGCUGCUGCUGCUGCUGCUGCUGCAGCGGUUGCAGCGGCUGCAGCGGCUGCGACUAGGGCGGCGGACCCGCAGCAAUCCCGCUUCGGGGACAUGCUGCAGUGGGAAGGGCAGAGGGAAGAGCAGCAACGGCAGCAGCAGCAACAAAGCCGUAGGCUCCUCCAGCGCCCAGGGGAGACCCAGAAAUUCCAAGAAGGCACGAGAGGGGGCUUCCAAGAAGACCCGGGGGCCUUCCCAAAGGAGACAGGGCCCUUCAUCUUAGGGCCCCCAGAAGGCCAAAAGGAGACACAUGAGCUGCAGGAGGAGAGGCCCCAUUACCCCCGCUGGUCCUCAGCAAACCCUCCAAGCACCCCCCCCUAUUUGAAGUCUUCCUGGAAAGCUGGAGAUUCUGAAGAGCUUUCUAAGCCCGACGACUUCUCAAAGGGGACGGGAGACUUCUCCCGCCCUCCCCCGGAGGCAGCAGCCUACGGCGGGGGCCCAGGGGCCUUCCCAGAAGCAACACAGACUUACCCCAAGCUGGGGGCCCCCUUCCGAAAGGAGCCAAGGCCCUCUGGAGAGACGACGGGGGCCUACGGUGGGCCAGGGGCCUAUGGGGGGACCACAGCAGAGGCCUUUGAGCAGCAGCCAGGGCCCUAUACUGAAGACCCAGGCGCCUUUGGGGAGCCAGGGGCCUACGAGGAGCCGGGGGCCUAUGGGGACACAGGGGCCUAUGGGGAAGAGACCGGGGCCUACAGCAAGGGGCCCCAGGAAUAUCCGGAGGGUGGUGAGGCCUACGCAGAGGGGCCCUGGGUCUACCCAGGAGACCCACAGGGCUAUUUGGGGGAGACAGGGAUUUACGGCAAAGCGGCCUACGGCUACGGGCAAGUGGCUGGGCCCUAUGGGGAGGUUGCUUUUGCCUAUCCCGGGGACUCUACAGCUUACUGGGGUCUCCCACAUUCCAUCCCGGGAGACCCAGCAGCAGCGCAGAAGCAGCAGCCGCCGUUCGGGGUGCCUUGGCCCCACAAGGGGCGGUCCCACGACUUCUCGGAGCCGGGGGCCGCCUUCCCGGGGCCCCCCGAGGCCUACCCUGGGGAGGCCACUGGUUAUGCGGAGGGCCCCCAGCCCUACGCUGACGACACCACUGAUUACUUGCAGGCCCAAGAGGGUUAUUUUGAGUUUCCUCAGGGCUAUUAUGGCGCGCCAAGCCCCUUUCCAGCGGGGGCAGCCGGUCCGGAGAAAACGGGGGGCUUCUACGGUAGUGAACAGGGCUAUGGAGGGACAGGCCCCUACUAUCCGCCGGCAGGGCAUUACACAGUCUACUCGCCUGAAGGGGGGCUCCCCUACGGUGAGGAAGGUGACCCCUACGGCGAGGCAGGGGCCCCCUAUAGCGAGGAAGGGGCUCCCUACGCCGAGAAAAGGGCGCCCUACAGCGAUGAAGGGGUGCCCUCCAGCGAGACAGGGGACCCCUUCAGUGAGGAAGAAGCCCCGUCCAGCGAGAAAGGGGCCCAAUACAGCGACGGGGUGGUCCCCCCCAGCACAGGGGGGGCCCCGCAAAGCAAGGAAGAGACACCCUACAGCAAAGAAGGCGAAAAGAGGGCCCCACAGAGCGAGGAGGGGGCACCCAACAGUGAGAAAGAGGCCCCCGGCAAAGAGGGAUCCCCCGACAACGAGAACGGGGACCGCUACAGCGAGACAGACGCCCCCGAAAGUGAGAAAGGGGCCCCCGAAGGCGAGAGAGGGGCCCCCGAAAGCGACAAACGGACCCCCGAAAGCGAGGAAAGGACCCCCGAAAGUGAGAAAGAGGCCCCCUCCAGCGAGAGAGGUUCUCCCUACAGCGGGAUAGGUUCCCCGUACAGCGUGGAAGGGGACCCCAACAGCGAGAGAGGUUCCUCCAACGAGGAAGGGGCACCCUACAGCGGGAGAGGUUCCCCUUGCAACGAGGAAGGGGCCCCCUACAGCCAGGAGGAGGACCCCUACAGCCAGGAAGAGGACCCCUACAGCCCGGGUGGGGCCUCCUACAGCCAGGAAGGGCCCCAAUACAGCCCGGGAGGGGCUCCCUACAGCCCGGGGUCCCCCUACAGCCCGGGAGGCGCCCCCUACAGCCAGGAAGGGGCCCACUACAGCCCGGGAGGGGCCCCCUACAGCCCCGGAGGGGCCCCCUACAGCCCCAGAGGGGCCCCCUACAGCCAGGAAGGGCCCCAAUACAUUCCGGGAGGGGCCCCCUACAGCCCGGAAGGGUCCCCCUACAGCCCGGGUGGGGCCCCCUACAGCCCGGAAGGGUCUCCCUACAGCCCAGGUGGGGCCCCCUACAGCCCGGAAGGGUCCCCCUACAGCCCGGGAGGUGCCUCCCACAGCCCGGGACGGUCCCCUUACAGCCCGGGAGGGUCCCCCUACAGCCCGGGAGGGGACCGCUACAGCCCUGGAGGGGCCUCCUACAGCGAGGAAGGGGUCCCGUACAGCGAGGAAGGGGCCCCCUACAGUUCGGAAGGGGCCCAUCACAGCCCGGGUGGGGCCCCCUACAGCGAGGAAGCGGACACCUACGCCGACAGAGGCUCCCCUUACAGCAGCGGAGGGAGCCCCUACAGCUUGGAUGACCUCCCGUACAGCGAGGAGGGGCACCCCUACAGCCAGGGGAUGUCCCCCUACAGCAUUGAAUUGGGCCAAUACAGCGACGAAGAAGCCACCGACAGCGACGCGGAGGCCACCUACAGAGGCCUAAUGUCCUCUGACAGCGGAGACGAGGGCCCCUACAGCGAGGAGGGGGCCCCCUACGGCGAGGAAGGGGCCGCCGACGUCGCACGAGGACGAGGCCCCCUACAGCGAUGA